CCGGGAGGACUUCCACCGACUGAAGGACAUGUCGGUACCGAAGCAGAGGGAGCUUGUUACCGAACAAGCUCUCUAUGACGCCGGCUUGAGUCUGGUCCCCCGAAUAGGUAUCGCCCGAUCCUCCGGCUUUUCUUUUUGUUCAUCUUUUGGUCGGCUUUUGGUCCAGCCUUUAACUCUCUUGUCGGUAUUGCAGGGACACCACCGAGGAUGAGGCCGACGGAUGCCGAGAUUCGGCAGUUCGCCAAGAGGAAGAGGCCAGCAUCGGGGGCCAGCCCUUCGCGCCCUGCAAAGAAACCAACCCCAGCUCCGCCAACCGUCGAGGCGUCGGCGACCGACCAGUCGGAGCCGGUCAUAGCCCUCGUGGCUCCGACGGUCCAAGCUGAGGAGAGGCCGACCGAGGAGGCGGCCGAAGAAAUAUCGGCGGCUUCGCCAGUGCGGGUGGAGCCGGAUGACGUUCGGGAAACCGAACACCAUCCGGCGGCGUCCGCCGGCGCAACGGGGGGCGCCGGGUCGAACUCCAGCGUGCCGUCGCUGCCAGUCCCGUCGGUCGGGGCAGCUGAUCGGGGGAAAGCCCUGAUGGAGCCCGCGGAGGAGGAUAGGUCGGGGAGCCGUUCAAUGCCUCCCAGUGCAUACUACCCCGAGGGUGCGUCGGCGUUGGCCGACCACAACCUUGCGAGGAGGUUGUGCCAAGGGAUCCUCCUCCCAGCCGACGUAGAGUCGCUGCGGUCUCGACAGGUGGCCGAGAUGCUGUCGCGGUUCUACCCGACGAUGGUUGAGCUGAUCUUCACAAUGUCCGAACUGGAGGCCGGGUACCGAUGGUUCGGCAACGUUCGGGCGGCCUUCAAGGAGAAGUCGGCAGCGGUCGAGGCUGAGAGAGCAAUGUUGGCCGACCAACUCCAGCAGUCGGUCGACCGGGAGGCUAAGUUAAUCGACGAGGUCUCCCGGCUUGAGUCCGAACUCAGGUCGGCCAAGAAGGAGGCCAAGCACAAAGGUCGGGCCGUGCGUCGCCUUCGGCGUGAACGAGACGGUGCAACUGCCAAACUUCAAGGGGAACGCGAGCAACUUCGGGUCAGCCUGGAGAAGCUCGCUGAAGCCGAAGAGGAGCUGUCCAUCGCCCAGGUCGACGCCGAAAUGGCUAAGGCCGAGGUGGAGUCGGCGAAGCAGGAGCUCGCCCGUGCUGAGGAUGAGGCAAUCUAUGUAGCUGAGGAUGUGAGUAUUGACCGUCGAUACUCACCAGCAUGCUGUCAAGAAGAGGGCAGUGACAUCUGA